UUUCAGCGCUUGGACUUUGUCUACCUCAACGCCGGCAUCAUGCCCAACCCCCACGUGAACUUCAAGGCGCUCUGGCAUGGGCUCCUCACUGGGAAGGUGCUGCACAUGCUGACCACGGCGGAAGGCAUAAUGACCCAGACGGACAGGCUUAAUGGAGACGGGCUGCAGGAAGUGUUUGCUACCAACCUCUUCGGACACUUUAUCCUGGUUCGUCAACUUGAGUGUCUGCUCUGCGGUAACGAAAAGCCCUCGCAACUCAUCUGGACCUCUUCCAGCAAUGCCAGGGAGUCUGCCUUCAGCCUCUCUGACUAUCAGCAUGCCAAGGGGCAGGAAUCAUACAGUUCUUCCAAAUAUGCUACUGACCUGACAAGUGUGGUUCUGAACAGGAAAUGUAAUAAGCAGGGUCUGUAUUCCAGUGUUGUUUGUCCCGGUCUUGUUAUGUCUAACAUGACCUAUGGAAUUUUGCCAGUUUUUCUGUGGAAGCUGCUAAUGCCCAUCAUGUGGUUGAUCCGCUUUUUUGCCAAAACUUACACUCUGACACCGUAUAAUGGAGCAGAAGCUCAUGUGUGGCUGUUCAAACAGAAGCCAGAGUACCUGGACGCGCUUGUCAAGUACCACAGCUGUACCUCGGGUCUGGGGAAGAGCUACGUGGAGCCCAGAAAGAUGGAUGUGGAUGAAGAAAUGGCUGAGAAAUUCUACCAAAAGCUGUUGGAACUGGAGAAGCAGACGCUAGAGAGAUACAGUGAUCUUCUGGAUUAAGUGAAGCCAGUCUCCGUGGGAUAACAGUCUCGGUAACAUGGGCUUUCUUCAUUCUGGUGCUGCUUGUGUUGCCUGCUGUUCUGCAGGC